ACGAUUGUUCGCAGGCUUUUAGAGACGCGAUUCUCGUUAUCGAACUUUAUAUCGUCCUUCUGGCCAACUGACAUUGAUGAAGCCAAGGCCUCGGCAAAAAUUGGCGAUCGCGCAUUAUCUCAUCGGUGCCCCGCGAGGGCAAACACUUUAUUAUUGCGUGCAAUAACUACGUAAGCUGUUCUGAACUGCGACAAGCAAAGAUGCUGGACGAAUUCAGUGCAUCCGCGCGUCGAUUUUAAUGAAUUUCUGUUGCAACAUCUAGUUAAUAAUGUUUUCGAGAAAUUAUAGCAAUAUAAUAUAAUAUUAUGAUUGCAUCAGAUAAUAAAUAUUAUAAAAGUGAUUGCGGAAAUGAUUUGACAGAUCGCGCGUUGUGUGAUUAAAAAAAAGAUUGUGUAGUGUAAGACAAAUUGAAAGACAUUUUGGGAAGUAAUAACAACCGAGCAUGGAUUGGAUCAGAAUGGCAGAUUCUAUCCAAAUACUUCUGAACUACAAAAGCAACGUAUUGAUGUGUACUUUGCAGAAGGUGCAGGUAUUAAUAUUACACGCAACUGUAAUAUGUAUUUCCUAUUUGAAAAGCUAAUUUAUACAAUAAUAAUUACAUGUAUUAAUCGUUCCCUCGGAAUAGAUAACAGAAUAGUCGAUAUAUGUGACUUUAUUUGUCACAAAAGAGAUCGUUAUAAAGCGAUUAUCGCGUCAGAUACAGAAUUAUUGUGGCGGUUGCUUCCUUUUUUUUGUAGAUGAAAGAUACGUGCCCAGAGCUGUACUGAUUGAUUUCGAUUGCAGAAAUACACACAACACAUUAUCUGAAUCGCUAUUUAAGCCCGACAAUGUAGUGUGCGGCGAUACCCAGACUUUUAAUAAUUGGGCCAAAGGUUAUUACACCGCAGGAGCCAAUGUCUUGGAAGAAGCCUUGAAUAUCGUGCGAACGGAAGUCGAGGCCUGCGAUUCGGUUCAAGGUAUACAGUUUGUGCACGCUGUGAGCGGUGGUGCUGGAUCAGGCAUGGGCAGUUUGUUGGCCCAAUACGUAAUGGAGGAAUAUCCCAAUAGAAUUCUGAAAUCUUACACAUUGAUGUCAUCAUCACAGGAUUUCAUAGUAACGCAAGCUUAUAACGCGGUAUUAACGAUUCCCUACUUGAUCGAUUACAUCCACGAGGUCUUUUGCAUCAAUAACGAUGCCGCCAGGCGCAUUUGCUCCGACAAAUUGAAAGUCAUAGAUAGAGAUUUCAACAAGAUAAAUCAUUUAAUUUCGCUCUGCAUGUCAGGAAUCACAGCGUGUUUAAGAUUUCCAGGUCAGUUAAAUGCAGGCCUCAGAAAGCUUUUAGUGAACAUGGUGCCGUUCCCACAAUUGCACUUUUUCGUGCCUGGAUACGUACCUCUAAUCCCUUAUCAUAAGCGUGUUUAUGAAAAAAUUACGGUUAAAACAUUGAUUCGAAAUAUGUUCGAAAGUGAAAGCAUGUUCAUCAAUUGCGAUCCUAGAAAAGGAAAAUUUCUUACGGCCGCUGCUAUUUUCAGAGGCAGAAUCUCAACUAAGGAAGUGGACGAGAACAUAAAUCGCUUACAAAAUCAGUACAGUUCGCAUUACGUCGAAUGGAUUCCGCAUAAUAUUAAAACUGCAAUAUACGACAUAGCAACGUAUAAUACGAAAAUAUCUGCUACUUCGCUGUCAAAUACGACUGCGAUUCAAGAAGUGUUUACGACAUUGCUCAAUGAAUUCCAAGAAAUGUUCAAAAGUAAGGCGUUUCUCCAUCCUUAUAUCUCCGAAGGUCUGGAGGAAUCUGAUUUCUUGGAAGCUCAGAAUAGUUUGUCAUCUCUCAUCUCUGAAUAUCAACAAUAUCAGAAUGCAGUAGCUAGCACGGUUUUCGUCGAAGAGUUUAAACCAUAUGUUAGAGACUGAACCGAAUCUGACGUUGUAAGUAUAUUUACAUAUGUAUGUAUUAAAUCAGCCAAGAAAGAAUUACAUGAAUUAAUUAUUGUAUGAAUGCACACAUUCUCUUUUUAAUAAUAUCAAAAAUGUUUUCUAUCGUAAAAAAUCAAGGUUUCGUAAUUUUAUUUGUUGUCUACUUGUAAAUGCAUAUAAAAUGUAUUAAAAUAUAAGGAAACUAAUAUAGUGCA